UACACAACAAAUUUGUUCUACAGACUACACCGGUGUGUACGACAAGAUGAGAGUUACGAUCAUUCGUCAUUUAUUGAGCUAAAUCAAUUGUAAAAACUAACUUUUGGUCUAUUCUGAGGAAAAUAAACACGAUUUUGACGUCAAACGGAGCAAGAGAAUAUAUCUGAGCUGAACAAUGGCCCGAAACGCUUGUAAUCGAGCCACAGGCCUCCUGUUUUUUUCUGGAAACAGCCAUCCGGAGUUGUCCAAUUCUGUUGCACGGCGUCUAGGAGUAGAAUUGGGCCAGGUGGACGUUUAUACCCAAGACAACAAAGAAACAAAGGUCCAGAUUCAAGAAUCAGUGAGAGGCAAAGAUAUUUUCAUACUUCAGACUGGAGCAAAAGAUGUGAACAAUGCGAUUAUGGAGUUAUUGAUCAUAGCCUAUGCCUGCAAGACAUCGUCCGCACGGUCCAUCGUCGCUGUCAUUCCUUACCUUCCAUACAGUAAACAGAGUCAGAUGAGGAAAAGAGGAUCCAUCGUUGCCAAAUUGCUUGCCACUAUGCUCUGUAAAGCUGGUGUGACACAUGUAAUCACCAUGGACCUACAUCAUAAAGAGAUUCAAGGGUUCUUUGACGUGCCUGUAGAUAACCUUAGAGCUUCCCCAUUCCUUGUCCAGUACAUUCAAGAACAUAUUCCUGAUUGGAGAAAUGCUGUAAUUGUAGCCCGUAAUCCCGGAUCAGCAAAGAGGGCGACAUCCUACGCCGAGAGGCUUCGCCUUGGACUAGCCGUUAUCCACGGAGAGCAGAAGGAAUCCGAGUCGGACAGGGUGGAUGGCCGCCAUUCUCCACCCCCUGUGGCACCAGGCAGUAGCAGUCAGGCCCUAGGAAUGCCUGGCCUACCUUCCAAGAUUAUAUUACAUUCCACCCAAUUUGUGUUCACACCUAAGGAGAAACCGCCCAUUAAUGUUGUUGGAGAUGUAGGAGGAAGGAUAGCCAUCAUUGUGGAUGACAUGAUUGACGAGGCGGAAUCCUUUGUUGCAGCAGCUGAACUAGUGAAGGAUAGAGGGGCGUAUAAGAUUUACAUUAUUGCUACACAUGGUCUCUUGUCCUCAGAAGCCCCUAAGAUUAUUGAAGAUUCCUGCAUUGAUGAGGUCAUUGUCACAAACACGGUAUCACAUGACCUUCAGCGGCUCCAGUGCAACAAGCUUCGGACGGUAGACAUCAGCCUCCUGCUCUCAGAGUCUAUCAGGAGGAUACACUACGGGGAGUCCAUGUCCUAUCUCUUUAGGAAUAUCCCUCUCGAAGACUGAAAUGAGGCUAGAUGCGCGUUCAUUGUAUAGUACUGUAGUACAGCGAUUUUCCAUCCACAUUCUUAAAGGGGAAUGAAACCUUUUGAACAAGUGGGCUUGU